AUGGCGAGAUCGCCGGAACAUAAGGUGGAGGGCAGUGGCAAGCAGCCUAGUACCCCACCAGUAGCAGGAAAAGACAGCCCAAAAGCGGAAGAGGAGCAAGGGGAUGUGUUGGUACAGCUGACCAGCCUGGGAUCGAAGACCAGGGAGUUGAAGAAACUAAUGGACGGAAAGCGAUCCAUCACCAAUCCAAUGAGGGAGAUAGUCGAUGAAAUUGACUACCUUCAGGGAGAAGUCCUAUCGGCGGUACAAAGCAUGAUCGAAGAGCAGGGAAAAGCCAAGAAGGCUGUGGAAAAAACCUGUGCAGAAAUACUCGCGAGCGGCAAGAGACCCAGAGGGCAAGAAACCUGGAAAACGACAGCACUUCCCGCAAAAAAGGCGAUGCACAAGGCGCCGGCAAACGAAGCCAGCCAAGGAGGAAAUAAGGGGAAACAUGCUAUGGCAGAGAGCACCAGCAAUCCCCAAGAACCUGUGAAGAAACCAGAAGAGUGGAAACAGGUAAAACAGAAGGCACGGAAGCCCAAGGUGCGACCACCACGGAACGAUGCGAUAGUCAUCGCAACCUCCACAGGUGGAUCCUAUGCGGAUAUCCUGAAAACAGUUAGGACAGAGCCUCAACUGAAGGAGCUAGGACAAGCUGUACAGGCCGUGAGGCGCACAGCUAAAGGGGAACUAUUAAUCCUACUAAACAAGGUCUCCGACCCUAAAACCGCUGAACUCCAGACCACAAUGAAAGCGGUCCUGGGUAGAAAUGUCGACGUCAGAGCGCUGACUGAGACAAUGCUGAUCGAGGUAAAGGACAUAGACGAGAUCACCGACAAGACGGACGUCUUAUGCGCGGUUAAAUCCCAGUUUGAUGUGGAACUGCCAGAAUCCGCGGUGGUAGGAUUAAGGGCGGCAUACGGAGGCACCCAAACCGCCACACUAAGAGUAAUGCCUGACAUAGGAAGACGGCUCCUGGAGAAGGGCAAAAUCAGGCUAGGAUGGACCUGCAGGGAACUGCAGGAACCAGGAGGACUGUUCGAAAUGCUGCUACAAUUGCGGCGCAAAGGAGCACCAAGCCAGAGGCUGCAAAGCAAAGGCCUGUUGCAAGGAGAAAGACUGCGAACACCCAACAAUGAGUGGGAAAUGUCCGUACUUCAAGAAGGCUAUGCAAGGACUCAGGGGCAAAUGAAGUUCCUGCAGAUAAACCUAAACCACUGCGAGGUUGCCCAGUCGUUGCUAGAGCAAAGUGUCACCGAACAAAACGUAGACAUGGCACUCAUAAGCGAGCAAUACAGGAAUAAAAACUCCGGAGAAUGGCUAGCGAAUAAUAGCAAAAAAUCGGCAAUAUGGAGCUGCGGAAACCCAAUGCGCCAGAUUAGCAGGAAGAAAAGCGGAAACUGUUUCGCGAGGGCUCAUGUGAAUGGUAUAGCUUUCUACAGCUGCUACCUGCCCCCAAGCCUUACCCUUCCACAGGCAAUAACUGCGCUCGAAGAGAUUGCAGAAGACGCCCGGGAAAAUCGUCCCACCGUAAUUGCCGGAGAUUUCAAUGCAUGGGCCUCGGAGUGGGGAUCACCCCGGACCAAUGCGAGGGGAAAAGCGCUACUUGAGAGCUUCGCCGCACUUGACCUAGUACUGCUUAACUUUGGAACGAAACCAACCUUCUCCAGAGCCGGCACCAAUUCCAUCAUUGACCUCACAUUUGUGAGCGCUGGAUUGGCACCAUGCAGCAAUCAUCUGCACGAUAAAGUCUAG